AUGCAUUCAAGCUCUCCUAGAUGGAGAAGUAAAAAUUUUGAUAAUUCUGACCUUGGAGAUGAAAGAAUUUUUAGCAUUAGAACAGAAAAUAAUAAAUAAUCUCUUAUAAAGAGAAAAUAUUAGUUUACUGUUUAAUAAAUGGAUAAUGAUGAGCAAAUUGAAGACAUCAAUUUACUCUUUGACGAUAGAUAAUUAAAAAUAAUAAAUGAUUUAUCUUUUGUGUAGACAGCAAAGGUUAAAGAGAAAGCUAAGAGAGCAUCAAUAUCUAGGAAGAUGAGUGUUAUGAUUCAAAAAAAAGAAUAAGAAGAAAAAUAACCAAGUUGUUCUUACAUAUAAGUAUUCACUCAAGAAGAUAAAAUAAGAAUAGUUUGGGAUAUAAUUACAAUGUUAGUGAUCUUUUUGGCUAUCUUAAUAUUACCAGUUGAAAUUUCAUUUAAUGUUGAAUCCACUUUUUUAGAUGACUUUAAUCUUUUUAGUUUAGCAGUAUUUACCCUUGAUAUAUUCAUUAAUUUUAAUACAGCCUUCUAACAUAAAGGUUAAUAUGUGUUUGAUCGAUCAUUGAUUGUUUAAAAUUAUCUGAAAAUGUGGUUUUGGAUAGAUGUAGGUAUCUUUACAGAUUAAUCAUAGUAUCUACAUUCCCUUUCGAUUUAAUAGUUGAGGCUGCAACAUCAAGUGUAGUACAAGUAGAUGAAGAUGAAUUAACCUAAGAAUAAAGUAAGGUUUAAAAGGAUUCCCUUGUCUAAACAAUGAAAUUAUUAAGGAUUUUAAAAUUUUUUCGUUUAAUUAAAAUCAUAAGGUUAUUACGUGUAUUAAAACUUAAGUAGCUUUUUGCUAAAUUAGAAGAUUACAUAGAUAUAAGUGGAUCAGUUAUAACAAUAUACUAAUUGCUUAAAUUAACUUUUAUAAUGCUUUUUGUUGCCCAUUGGCUAGCUUGCAUUUGGCAUUUUAUAGCUGAAUAAGAAAAUAGUUCCAGUGGGUAUAGUUGGUUAUAAGCAACAGAACUUGCAGAAUAAUAAUGGUAUAUAAAAUAUGUGGCAUCAGUUUAUUGGGCUACGGCUACAAUGACUACAGUAGGUUAUGGUGAUAUUGUUCCAGUAACUUCAGUUGAGAAAUUAUUUGGUAUCAUUGUCAUGUUAUUGGCUUGUUGUGUUUUUGCAUAUAUAAUGAAUAGUAUUGGAGGUAUUUUUGUGAAAUUAGAUACAAAUGAAAAAACUAUAAGAUUAAAACUUGGAUAAGCAAACUAAUUUUUGAAAUCUAAUGAAAUACCUAAAGAUUUAUAAGCAAGAGUAAGAAAAUAUUUAGAAUAUAAAUAUGAGACAGAAUCAUCAUAAGUAAAUGAAAAAGAUGCUUUAUCAGUUUUAUCAUCAACUUUGAAAGAUGAAGUAUUAUAGAAUGUAAACACUUCAUUAAUUAAAUAAUCAGCUUUAUUUAAUUCAGGUAAAUUUGAGAAGGAGAUAUUAUCCUAAUUGCCAUAUCUUUUGGAAGAAUAAAUAUAUGGACCAGAAGAAUGUAUAUUUAUGGAAGGUAUUGACCCAAUUGAAAAAGAGAAUGGCAAUAAUAUAUAAGAUAGAAAUUUGUAUUUUCUAAAUUAAGGACAGGUUCUAAUUUGUAUUUAGAGGACAAUUACUUGUUUAAAAAUAAUUGAAGGAGGAGCUACUUUUGGAGAAUUAGCAUUUUUUACAGAUAAACCUAGAAGUGCUUCUGCUUAUACAUUAAAUUUUGUAUAUGUUUAGAUUCUUAACAAAAAAAAGUUUUUUGAAAAACUAAAACUCAAUAAUAACUAAAAUUAGAUAUAUUUAAUGAAUAAACAUAUAGUUGAAAUUAAUAAUGAUUAUACACCAUUAGGAUAAUGUUGUUUUGCUUGUGGAAAUAGUUAACAUUUUGCUUAUGAAUGUCCAAAACUUCAUUAUGUAAUAAAUCAAGAACAAGGUUUAGAAAUAAUUAAAGAAGAAUAAUGUAAUCAAGAAAAAAAUUAAAAAAUAUUUAAUAGAUAAUUUAUUCGAUAAAAUAAAAGAGUUAAGUACAAUUCAAGAGCUAAUUCUUAAUUAACCAAUAUUGUAGCCGAUGAAAUCAAAUUUGUAUACAAUCAUAACCGUGAAGGCGAAGAUGAAUUUUAAAUUUAAUCUAAUCAGUAAAUAUAUUAUUAAGUUCAGAUCUAAUGGCAUAGAAGAGGAAGAAGAAAAUCCUCUCAAAAUUAGUGUCAAAGGAUAGCUCCCUUAUUUUUCAGAAGAAACUGAUAUUGAUAGGAUUUGCAGUUUUUCUCUUUUCUUUCCAAGCUAUAACUAUGAUAAAAUUAUUUAGUAAUAUAACUAAUUCACUCCAGAGAAAAGAAAAGAGAUUAUAAAGAGGAACAAUUAAACAAUUAAAAAAAAUAGAAGUCAUAGAGUCAGCCAAUCCCAUUCAGCAGAAAGAGCUGAAUAUUUUAAAAAAUUAGAAGAAAAGUGCUUUGCCGAGUAAUGA